AUGAAAGUAGACACAGCUUCAUCGUCAGAUAAACCUAAAAUACCAUUACCUACGCUUUCUCAAAUAAAUGCCGAUAGAAUUACACAACUUGCGAAUCAGUACUGGUCACCACAAACCAAAGAGAGUCACCUACCCUAUGAUGCUUCUAUUGUGGAAUCAAUCUACCAGGCUGAAAUACUUGGAUCCAAUUUCUCAGUGCGCCGGAUUAUGAUGUUAGAGUUCUCUCAGUACUUAGAGAACUUCUUGUGGCCGCACUACGAGACGGACGAGGCGACGCAUGCUCAUAUGAUGUCUAUCAUUGUCAUGAUCAACGAGAAGUUCCGGGAACGAGUGCCGGCUUGGCAGGCAUUCUUGAAAAAACCAGACCAAUUUCCAGGAUUUUUCGAGCAAGUACUGCGCGCUAGUGUAGCUGAAGACAAUAAAAGCAACAAUAUGCGGGAACAGACGGCUCUGCUAUUGUUUUUGAAUCAUUGCUUCGGAAGCAUGGAGGUGCAGUUGUGUCGCGACCAGGUCAAGCGACUCGUCUCGCUCAGUAUGUGGAUUAGCUUACAAGAAGGCCGAAGAAAUCAAGAGUUCAAAGCAGUUCCGAAGUGGAGGAAGUAUUGGCGGGCAAUCCAAAAGAAAGACAAACCAGAGCUGUUGGAGAAAUUGAGCUGGGAGCGGCGGUACUUGCAACGGCUUAUGAUUAAGUUCAUGCGUAUAUUAGAAAGCAUACCGGAGACGGGGGAACUGGAUUCACAUUCAGUAAGAUAUUGCGAGCGGUUUCUAGAGCUGAUGAUCGAUCUGGAGGCGUUGCUGCCGACAAGGCGUUUCUUCAACACAGUCAUGGACGACUGUCACCUCGUAGUGCGCUGUCAAAUGGCGCCACUUACCAGGAGAUCCGAAGGACAAUUAUUUGAUCAACUAUUAAAUAUGCUCAAGUUCUACGCAAGAUUUGAGAUCAGCGACGAAACCGGCGACCCUAUGACUGACCGGGAUAUGACUUUACUUCAUUAUUCCAGAAUUACUUCUUUACAGAAAGCAGCUUUCUCAAAAUUUCCAGACCUACGUUUGUUUGCUCUAGCAAAUGUCGCCAGUGUAGAUACGAGGGAUUCUUUACAUAGACAUUUCGGAAAUCUAAGUGAAAAGGCCUUACGUGCGAUUGCUACAUAUCUUCAUCUCGUUCCUCCUGAAGGAAAAGAAAGUGAGUCACCAUGGCAUAGACUAGAUAAGGAGUUCCUGAAAGAAUUGUUGAUUUCUCGCCACGAACGUCGCAUUUCGCAACUCGAAGAACUAAACUCAAUGCCGUUGUAUCCUACCGAAGAAGUCAUAUGGGACGAAAACGUUGUCCCCACAGAGAUCUAUAGCGGAGAAAAUUGUCUGGCCUUACCUAAACUGAAUCUUCAGUUCCUCACCUUACACGAUUAUUUAUUGAGGAACUUCAAUCUUUUCCGGUUAGAAAGUACAUAUGAAAUUCGUCAAGACAUUGAAGAUGCUGUAUACAGAUUAGCACCUUGGCGAUCUGAAGACGGCAGUGUUUAUUUCGGUGGAUGGGCCCGAAUGGCUCAUCCCAUCACCAGUUUUGCUGUUGUUGAGGUCGCUAAGCCGAAUAUUGGUGAAAAAGCACCCUCAUGUGUCAGAGCUGACGUCACUGUUACUCUUAGUGUGAGAAAUGAAAUCAAACAUGAAUGGGAAAGCUUAAGAAAACAUGAUGUUUGUUUCUUAGUGACUGUUAGACCGACUCAAGGAAUUGGAACUAAGUAUGAUUAUAGAAAAAGUAUGGUUGAGCAAGCAGGUAUAGUUUAUGUAAGGGGUUGUGAAGUGGAGGGCAUGUUGGACGCUUCUGGGAGAGUUAUUGAAGAAGGGCCAGAACCGAGGCCAGAAUUAGAAGGCGAUGCGAGGACCUUCCGUCUGCUUCUCGAUCCUAAUCAGUACAGGCUUGAUCUGGAUCACGCCAGUAAAGGCACCGAGGAUGUAUAUGAAACUUUCAACAUUGUGAUGAGGCGCAAACCGAAAGAAAAUAAUUUCAAGGCGGUUUUGGAAACGAUUCGAGAGCUGAUGAAUACAGAGUGCGUUGUUCCCGAAUGGCUUCAUGACAUUGUACUAGGUUACGGAGAUCCUGGUCAAGCACACUAUACCAGGAUGCCUAACGAAAUACCUACGCUGGACUUCAACGAUACGUUCCUAGACAUGGAACAUCUCAGAAGCAGUUUUCCUGGUUACGAGAUCAAAGUUAAGACCGAUGACCCCAGGAAACUCAUCAGACCGUUCAAGUAA